UUCUUCGGCUAAAAAAUGCAUAAGUUACAAAAAGUUGUGGUGGACCGAAUUUCGAAAUUCUUGAUUAUAUUGCUAUUGGUAGUGUGCAAAGUGAAAAAUGUGAAAUCCCAGGAUUGUGUUGAUUCCCGUUUACGUGCCGGCAAAUGUGUUACGCUUGCCAAGUGUCCGGAUAUGGUUCAGGAAUAUUACGAUGAAGUUCGCAAGACAUCGUAUGCAACAGAUUUCCAAACUUUUAUGAGUAAUUCCAUUUGUGGUUUUAAUGGCAUGCAUUUUAUGAUUUGCUGUGGAACACCUCGUACAACACCAACACCUGUCAAAUCACCAAUUAUGAUGCUUUUCGGGACAACAUCCACGACAACUCCACCCGCUAAUGUAUUUCUGUUUGCACCUCUGGCAAAUUACAAUUCAAACAUUCAGACUUCAACAACUGCAACACCUCCAAUGGUCUAUCCCGGUACUUCAAAUACAAAUCCCUUUGUUUUCCAAACACCAGGGCAAAAUUCUGUUAAUACAAUGCCACCAGCAGCCCCAACUCCACCGUCCACGGUGUAUCAGCCAAUGCCACCUGCAAAUAAUGGGGGUACAAAUGUGUAUCAGCCCAUACCGCAACCGGUGGGACCAAUAAUUCUGACAACAUCCACCACAGCAGCACCAGGACAGAAUGUCUAUCAACCGAUACCACAGCCUGGUGGAGCAAUUGUACUCACCACUACCCAGGCACCGCCAACACAAGCUGCUGUUGAAACCUGUGGCAUUAGUCGAGGAAAUACAAAUCGUGUUGUGGGUGGAACGGAAGCCAAGAGAGGAGCCUAUCCCUGGAUGGCAGCCUUGGGCUAUCGUGAUGAGCUCUCUCCCGGUACAAUGAAAUAUUUAUGUGGCGGCAGUUUGGUAUCUUCGAAAUACGUUCUCACCUCGGCCCAUUGCAUAAAUACGAAUUUAAUAUUGGUCCGCUUGGGCGCCCACGAUCUUUCCAAUCCAGCGGAAGCUAAUGCCGUUGAUUAUAGCAUCAAACGCACUAAAGUCCAUGAGGAAUUCGAUUUGAGAACUAUAGCAAAUGAUAUUGCACUGAUUGAAGUGGCGCCCAAUGUUGUGAUGACAAACUACAUAGCACCCAUUUGCUUGCCGGAAUCUUCAGCAUUUCUCACUCAAGAUUUUGUUGGCAUGAAUCCAUUUGUUGCCGGUUGGGGUGCAAAUAAACACCAGGGCAUUACCUCCAACGUUCUGAUGGAUGUUCAAGUGCCAAUUGUGAGCCGACAGUCGUGUGAGCAAAGUUAUCGCACCAUUUUUAAUUUCGUGCAGUUCAGCGAUAAGGUUAUUUGUGCUGGAAAUUCCCAUGUGGAUGCUUGUCAGGGGGAUUCCGGCGGUCCGUUGAUGAUGCCACAGUUGGUUGGCUCUUCGUAUCGUUACUUUUUGCUGGGCACCGUUUCGUAUGGCUACGAAUGUGCGCGCACUGGCUUUCCCGGAGUCUACACAAGAGUUGCUGUCUACAUGCCAUGGAUAAAACAAAGUAUGAAACGGUUAAACGAUUUGAGAAAAAAAAAAAAAGAAUUAAAAAUAAUUAACUGCGAAAUGUUCCUGAAGAACUGCAUUCCCUGGUUUAUUGCCUGUUUCCUUUGCUGCUGCUGCUGUCUGGACACUUGUUGGGGUCAUCGGGGUUUUAUUGGUGGCGCCAACCCUUCCAAUGGCUAUGGUGGUAACUUUUGCCAAACACCCCUGGGUGAUAUGGGCUCGUGUGUCUCUCUGAAAUAUUGUCCAGAGGUGUUGACUUUAUUCCAACGUUUGGACACAAAUUCGGCCAAACAGUACUCCUCCGAAUUGCAAAGACGUUGUGGCAAUCGCAUGACCUAUGACCAGUAUCCAAUUCUUUGUUGCAAACAUGUGGUAAUGACCCCAAUCAAUGGCUCACCAUCGGAUACCCAAAUGAGGGAUGGUAGAGUGACAACAACUACAACAACAACAACCUCGACGACGACUACUGAAGCGUCAACAUCUAAAGUGGACACCGAAACUGCAAAUAGGAACAGCAAUUCUCCCAAUGUGUUGUGUCUAACAACGGCAUCAACAUCCGGACUUUGUAAACCUUUGAGAGAGUGCCCCCGGCUUUUACAACAAUUGCAAAGAGAUCCAAAUAAUGAAGAAAUCAAAGCAAAUCUAAGAACAUCUCAUGAUCGUUGCGGCAAUGAAAGUACCAUGGUCUGCUGCCCUACCGACAAUGAUUCGGAGGCUACAACAACAAACAGCAAGAAUUUGAAUCGUCGUCAAAUGGCCAAUUCCAAUUCACAUUCACUACCCAGCGAAGCCGAUGGCUGUGGUCUAGUCAAUCAGACGGCACCGAAAAUUGUGGGCGGCGAUGAAAGUCAAAUCGGUGCCUGGCCAUGGAUGGCCCUAAUCGGCUAUGAUCCCUACAGUACCCGACCGUUUAAAUGUGGUGGAACUUUAAUCUCUAAUCGACAUGUGAUAACGGCGGCCCACUGCAUACGGCAUGAUUUAUCUUUUGUAAGGUUGGGCGAAUUCGAUUUGUCUACGGACACAGAAACCACAUAUUUGGACGUUAAAGUCGUAAAGCAUUCAAAGCAUCCCCAAUUUGGUAAAAACCGAAGAUCAGAUUUGGCGAUCUUGCUAUUGGAAACAGUUGUACAAUUUUCAGAUCUUAUCGCUCCCAUUUGUAUGCCCAAUUCCGUACAGCUACGUUCCAAAUCCUAUGUCAAUAGUAUGCCAUUUGUUGCCGGCUGGGGUAAUACGGAACAGAGUGGAACUUCUUCGCAGGUAUUGAAAGAGGCACAGUUGCCGGUAUUGGAGAACGAUGUCUGUCGUCAGAUCUACAAAAGAUUGGCGCCAAGUGUGCCCGAUGAAGAUUAUGGCAAUGCCAUAAUUUGUGCAGGUUACACGGUGGGCGGAACCGACACAUGCCAAGGCGAUUCUGGUGGUCCACUGAUGAUACCUGAAUUAUACAAGGGUGUUACCCGUUAUUACUUGAUUGGUGUCGUCUCCUAUGGCCAUGGCUGCGGCAAGGUGCCAGGAAUUUAUAUUAGCACCCAACAUUGGAUGGAUUGGAUUGUGGAACAAAUCGAAACGAUGUGAUAUUGAAGAAAACAAUUAUUGUUUUAUCUCAAAAAAUAGUCAUUUGUUUAAUAGCCAAUAUCAUCAUUUUGUACAUAUCCAAAUCCAUAUACAUAUGUAAACGCAUUUAUAGGAAUAUUUACAAUACAACUAUAUUAAGAACUUCACAUUUUUUAUAUUUUUUUUUUAUUUUAUUCCCUUUGUAUUUAAAUAAUAAUAAAACGUGUCAAUUGUAAA